UAGCGUCUGUGUUUUGUUGCUCCAGUCACUGUGGUUCUGGAUUCUGGGUCGGGCGCCGGCAUUGGUUACGUGUUUUCUUCUGAAGAACCUGGCGAGAUGCGCUGGAAGUUGGGGCGUAUGAAGGAUAGGCGUUUUAGGAUAUUUGAGAUUCCAAGGCAAAAAGGGAAGUCCCGUAUAGCGACUCUCUAUGCAGUAUCCUUCUUCACACCGACACAGGGGAUUCCAUUACGUGGUUAUGGGGGAGAGACCGGAGCAACCCCCCUCGAACCAUCCAUCGGUGCACUCGUUCAUUCCAGCCCCUUUCUUUUUGCAUUGUUGUAUUUCUCCUUCUGAAUGAGAUUAGUAUGCAAUAGCAGCAUAUUCUAUAAAGUCUGCAAGCGUGGUGUUGA